CUCAUCUUAAACAGGACAGAGUGUUCAAACACACAGAAUAACUCCCAGUGAAGUGAUUGGGAUCUACAUGACACACUAUUGUAAAGAUGGCAUUUAUUAAAGAGGAGAAUGAAGACGUGAAGAUGGCGUUUAUUAAAGAGGAGAGUGAAGACUUGAAGAUUGAAGAAACAUUCAUAGUGAAACAUGAAGAUACUGAGGAACAAACAGACCUGAUGGUGCUGAAAAAGGAGAGUGAAGUAUUGAAUGAAAUGGAAGAGAAAGAUCAAUAUAAGAAUCAUCCUGAUUUCAUAACUGGAGAAAAAACUUUUAGUCGCUCACGAAAAAAGGCUAAAAAGACAGGAACUAGAAGUAAUUUCACCUGCCAACAGUGUGGAAAGACUUUUACUCAAAAAGCAAGCCUCAACAGACACAUGGGAGUUCAUGCUGUAGAGAAGUCUUUCACAUGCCAACAGUGUGGUAACAGAUUCACCUUAAAAAAAAGCCUUAACAGGCACAUGAAAAUUCACACUGGAGAGAGCCUUUUCACCUGCCAACAAUGUGGAAUAAGUUUCACUCAAAAAGGAGACCUUAAAGCCCACAUGAGAAUUCACACUGGGGAGAGUCCUUUCAUCUGCCAACAGUGUGGAAACAGAUUCACCCUAAAAAAAAGCCUUAACAGGCACAUGAAAAUUCACACUGGAGAGAGGCCUUUCACAUGCCCUCAGUGUGGAAAGAGUUUUGCUCAAAAAAUUACCCUCAACAGACACAUGAGCGUUCAUGCUGGAGAGAAGCCUUUCACCUGCCAACAGUGUGGAAGAAGUUUCAACCGAAAAGGAAACCUUAAAUUCCACAUGACAAUUCACACCGAAGAGAAGCCUUUCACCUGCCAACAAUGUGGAAUAAGUUUCACUCAAAAAGAAAGUUUUAACAGACACAUUAGAAUCCACACCAGAGAGAAGCCUUACACCUGUCAACAGUGUGGAAGGAGUUUUGAUCAACAUAAAAACUUUAAAGUCCACAUGAGAAUUCACUCUGGAGAGGAACCCUACAUGUGCACUCAGUGUGGAAAGAGUUUCAAUCAAAAACGAAACUUUAAAUACCACAUGAGAAUUCACUCUGGUGAUCAACCCUACACAUGUCCUCAGUGUGGAAAGAGUUUCAAUCAAAAACAAUACUUUAAAGACCACAUAAGUAUUCACACUGGAGUGAAGCCUUUCACCUGCCAACAAUGUGGGAAAAGUUUCAACCGAAAAGGAAUCCUUAACAGACACAUGAGAGUUCACACUGGAGAGAAGCCGUUUACAUGUGGUCACUGUGGGAAAAGUUUUGGGUAUAAAAUAGCCCUGAAGUGCCACAUGAGCAUUCACGUAUAAGAGAACUGUUUUUGUAUGUCAUCAGUGUGGAAUUAAUUUCACAGACAAGAAACACCUCAUGUUUGAUGUGCUGAUUAUUGUUAUGGUACUAAAUCUCCUUGGAGGGCUAAAAUCCCUUUUAAUGUCCAGUGACUACAAGAGGAGUAAAUAAGCCAUAGUCAAGAAAUUAGAUUCAAUGUAUUGAUUAGUCAAAUAAAGAAUAAACUUGUUACAGUUUUACAUGUCAACAGAAGUAUAAAUCUGUAUCAAAUAAAAUACAUAAAACUGUGUAGGCCUUUGCAAAAUAAUAAACAAUAUAACAGAAACAGGUUUUUGAUUCCAAAGAUAGAGAUGUGGCAAUAGCCGCUUUUCCAUUGCGAGCCAGGGCUUUCAGCUGGCCAGGUGGGGCUAAUAGCCUCGGACCUGUAGGACCAAGCCCAAAGCCCCCGCUGUGUUUCCACCAUUGGGCCAGAAUCUCCGCAGUGCUUCGCUUAACACUUCUCUCUGAAACAAUGUCACACAACCCCAUCAUUUCAACAACAAAGGGAAGUUUUAUCAGACUGGAAACUAGCGAGAUUGUGAAAUGAACAUAAUAAAUGUUUGCCUUUUUGUUUUUUACUUAAAGCAUCAAUGUUUUACCACAGUUUUACAAUAAAAAGUUAUACAUUGAAAAUUAA